AUGCCGGGCGGAUGGCUAUGGCUAGAACUGAGUCUCCUACCAGUGGAUCCGUCUACUGGGCAAGUUGUCCCAUCAGAGGUGGAAAAACUGGUUUCUCCAUCAACAUGCCUCGUUACGGUCAUGCUGGCUAAUAACGAGACAGGAGUCCUGCAGCCGAUUGCUGAAAUCUGUGAUGCCGUUCGACGGGCUUCUAAGAAACACGGGUCGAAUGUUUUUCUCCACUCGGAUGUCUCUCAGGCUGUUGGCAAGAUUGACGUGAAUAUUGGAGCGCUCAAAGUGGACGCCGUCUCUGUAACAGGUCAUAAGUUCUAUGGCCCCAGGAAUGGAGCUCUUAUCAUGCGAUCGCAGUACACUACCAAGCUGGUGCCGUUGCUGCAUGGUGGUGGACAGCAGCAGAAUCUCAGAUCAGGCACGGAAAACACUCCAAUGAUCAUGGGCUUGGGAGCGGCGGCCGCUGCUUGUGAUGUUCCAAAGAUUGAGGCCAAGCUCUGCUCCGUUCGUGAUUACUUCGAACAACAGCUGAAGGAGCUAAUACCGGAUCAGCAUGUGGUACAUUUUGCCAACUCUCCACGGUUACCCAAUACGAGUUCGGUGGCAUUCCCAAAAUACCCGAACGCUAGCACAGAGAUGAUGACUAAAUGCAAAACGUUCUAUGCAAGCACUGGAGCCGCAUGCCAUUCAGGCAAAGUCAGGUUAGUUGUCCUUGUAACCAACGUCGACUCAUUCACCAAAAGGUUUAUUUUUGUACAAUGUCGCUUAUUCAAUCAAAAGUUUAUAUUGCAAUUUUUGUCGGCCGGGACAGUAAAAAUAAUCCUGACUAAGACCGGCGCGCCCCAGCCCACUGUGGGGAUAGUAAGGAAGAAUGCAAAGGCAAACUUAUUAUGUCUAUCGCCAUUCAAAAAUGGGACAACAAGAUAG